UCGCUCCAAGAUGGUUUGCGCGUUUUGAACAUCUGGUUCAAUCACGGGCAUCGUCCUCAGGUGAGCCAAGCUGUGGCAGAGGGCCGUGCUGGCGUUGUUGACGCUGUGUGGGUCCAAUUGAUCCCUCAGCUGGUCACCCGCAUUGACCAUCGCUACACAGACGUGCGCAAGGCAACCUUAAACUGGCUCUUUGACAUUGGCGAGCGAUACCCGCAUGCGCUCCUGAUCCCGCUACAUGUGUCCAUGCGAAGCAAGGGCUUGCGGGCCCGAGAUGCCUGGGUCCUGCGUGAAAAACUGCGUUCUCGACAUGGCAAGCUCGUCGAAGACACCCUCAUGCUGUGCGAUGAGCUCGUGCGUUGCUCAGCUCUGUGGCACGAAAUAUGGUACAUCGCGCUCACAGAAGCCUCCAAACUGCACUUUGAAGAAGAUGACACAGCCGGCAUGCUGACCAAGCUGCAGGAAGCACAUGCGCUGACGCGUGAGCCACAGACACCACAUGAAGCAGCCAUUUUCAACGCUUUUCAGGCUGAUCUGGUGGAAGCUGAAAGGUGGUUGAACCGCUAUGUGGCAACGCAAUCCACAGACGACCUCAACAGCGCUUGGAUUUUUUACCAUCGUGUGUACAAACGGGCCAAUCGCAUGCUGCCAAAGCUCACAACCCUGGACCUGCAUUCCAUCUCGCCGCGCCUGCUUUCCUACGCCAACUUUAAUGUUGCCGUGCCUGGCACCUUUGAUCUCGAGCGUGAGCCCAUCACCAUCCACCACUUUCAGCCUACCCUUUCCGUCAUCGGCUCGAAGCAGCGCCCACGCUGCAUCAAGUUGGUCGAUUCCAACGGCCAGGUGCACAAAUUCUUGCUCAAGGGCCAGGAGGAUCCGCGCAUGGACGAGCGCGUGAUGGAUUUUCUGGGGCUUGUUAACAAGCUCAUGAGGGCCGACGAGUCAACUCGCGGGAAAUACCUACCCAUUCGCCGUUAUACCAUCACAUCACUCUCGGCCGACACGGGCCUCAUCGGCUGGCUUCACGACUGCGAUACCCUGUACGAGCUCGUGCGCACAUAUCGGCAGGAGCAUCCCGAGCUGCCGCUGACUGCGGAACACUCUUACAUCCGUCACAAUGCGCCGGAGCGGCUAGAUGGUCGUGGUCGACCAUCGGAUGAGGGCUAUGAGCGCCUGCCACUCAUGCAACGCGUCGAACUUUUCCUGAACAGUUGUCGCCAGACCCGGGGCAAUGAUCUUGCGGAGAUGCAGUGGCGCAUGUCAUCAGAUGCUGAGUCCUGGUUUAGUCGUCGGCUCAACUACAUGCAGUCACUUGCCAUAAUGAGCGUCACAGGCUAUGUCAUCGGUCUUGGUGAUCGUCAUUUGAGCAACAUCAUGCUGGACCGGCAAUCUGGCCAAGUGGCUCACAUUGAUUUUGGUGACUGCUUCGAGGCUGCGCAACAGCGCGCCAAGUAUCCGGAGAAGGUGCCCUUCCGCCUUACCCGCAUGCUGAUCAAUGCCAUGGAGAUGGGUGGUGUGCGCGGCACUUUUUCCUCCACGUGCAUGACGACCAUGCACGUGCUGCGAACAAAUAAGGAGUCUCUCUUGGCCGUAUUAGAGACGUUUAUCUACGACCCGCUGCUAUCGUGGCGAAUUGUGCAGGAAAAGGACGUGGACAUCAAGCGCCGGACGGUGCGAGCCCAUAUUGCAACGCAGAGCUCACGCGGUGUGUUGGCCAAGCACUCCAGCACAGAAGAGGAGAAGAGCUUUGACUCAGAUUCACCUCACGGCAGCCAGGAUUGGGAUGAUGACACUGGCGUGAUCCAGAACGAGUCAGUCAUGAUGGACACGAUUGACAACGAGAAAGCCUUAACACUCAUGCGACGCGUUAAGGAGAAGUUGGAUGGCAUGGAAUUUGGCACACAAGCACAUGCGCGCAUCACAAAGGUGGAUCAAGUGGAGCGCAUCAUUCAACAGGCCUCCGACCCGCGCAAUCUGUGUCAAGCGUACAUAGGCUGGUUCCCAUAUUGGUAG